AUGGAAGAAGAAGAUACUCGGGAAGUUUUGCUCCCAAACUGGCAGGGGAGUGGGUCCAUGGGGAUUACCCUGGAUCAGAAUGACGAUGGAGUGUUUGUGAAACAGCUUGUGCAGGAUUCACCAGCUGGGAAAACUGGUGUAAUGAAAGAAGGCAAGUACAAGCGAAUGAAUGCAACUUUGUUUAAGGAUUUCAAAUAAUAUAAUGUUUAUUUAAGCCUGUUUACACACUAACCAUACAGCCACUUCUAAUUGAACAUUGACUGCUUCAAUACAUUUUCAUGAGUAUAAUUGCUUUUUUAAAAUUUUUGUAUUUUUAAAAAAACAAAACCUUUUUUUUACUGUUUUGUAAUUGUUUUCUAUCCACAUCAUUAAAAUCUUGUUUAUUGUUACACACUUUGUCAGCUAUGCCAAUGAAUGUAUACUGAAUACAAGAAAAAAAGGUGCAAUAUACCUUUAAAAAUUUAAAGUGCAUUAAAGUGAAGCAAAGUGUCAGUGUAAUACACAAUGCUUAAGUAGAUUGUGUAAAUUAUGUGCAAAAAUAGCAUAAGUGUAUUAAGUGAUACAAUAUUGAAAUAACUUACAAGAGAAAUAUCGCGACUAGCACUUACGGUCUCUGCAACAAACAGCACAGAAAAUCAAGAUCAGUCCUGUUAUGGUUUCAUACCUAUGGUUAUCUGAGAGUGCGUUCUUGAUCUUGAAUUUCUGUGCUGUUUGUUGCAGAGACCAUAAGUGCUAGCCGCGGUUCUCACCCAAGAGUACUACAAAGGACUUUUGGACUUCCAUGUGGGACUAUAGAGCGUUAUUUUAUUCUAUUGGAACGAAUAAAGAUUCAUUUUAAUUCAGCUGGCAUCCUGCAAUACUUAAUACCAUCCAGUCCUGGUUUAUGGACUAAAGCCUGAAAAGUUAGAACAGACUUCCACUGCUCUUUCCUUGUGAGUUGCACUCCAUUCAUUUAUCUUUUGUACUCACAAUAUACAGUAAUAUGCUAUGUUUUUCCCUUUGUUUCCCUUUUUAUGUACCAUGUCUCUAUAUCUGAUUGGGAAUAAUUAAGCGAUAUUUCUCUUGUAAGUCACCUGAACAACUUCAGCUUAAUGAGCUUGUUCAGGAGAACUAUAGCUCCCUGCAGCCUUUCUCAUGUAAACACUGUAUUUUCUGAGAAAAUACAGUGUUUACAUUGAAAGCUAGGAACACCUCCAGUUGCAGUCACUCAGAGUGAACCAGAGGGACUUCUGAGUUGAUGGAGGCAUAAUAUGCCUCCAUCCACUCAGAUCUGCUGUGCACGAGCAUCUUGUGAUUGAGUAUCUCCUCCCACUGCGUGCAGACAUUGAACUUUCCUCAUAGAGAUUCAUUGAUUCAAUUAAUCUCUAUGAGAAGAUGCUGAUUGGCCAGGGCUGUGUUUGAAUCAUGCUGGCUCUGCCCCUGAUCUGCCUCCUUGUCAGUCUCAGCCAAUCCUAUGGGGAAGCACUGUGAUUGGAUCAGGCUAUCACAUGUCAGCAGACUGCUUGUUUUUCCUGAGUCUAACAGCAUGCAGAUUUACAGCUUCUGGAUUGAAUACAGUAAGAUUUUUACUAUAUUUAUGGAGGCAUGAGGGGCACAGGGUGGCUAGAUGAUCGUGUUAACACUAUAGGGUCAGGAAUACAUGUAGUAGCACUGGUGACUAAAGUGUCCCUUUAAUGCACUUUACAUUUUUAAAGGUAUAGCACACCUUUUUUUUCUUGUAUUCAUUUUAUUUGGUGUGUUUAGAGCUUUUGCACUAGUAAGUUGCUGCUUUACCUUUUUUACAUUUUUUCACUUAUAUUAUCUCACUAUUUUGAAUUGUUAGCGCCUUUUUGCUUGUUUGUUUGUAUAUAAUGAAUGUAUACUGCUUUAAGUUCAACAUAGCUAAAUGUAUUGGCAGAUUUAUUACCAUUAUCGCCUUUUCCCAUAUCCUUAGCUGAGGCUGACAAACAGCUCCGGCCUUAGGCCUUUAGGCGCAUUGUGUGAAAAAUGUUCAAGGCACCCCUACCUAGUCACACUCGCUCAUCCAGGUAUAGUUUGUAUUAAUAAUUCUAAAACAAACAAAAAAUAUGCAUCCCCUCUUACCUGUUGUUACCAAGCGGAUCUCAGGUAACCCAGGGUGCUGCUAAUCUGAUCUGCACAUCUGCCCCGUGUCUGAUAUUUGUUAUGGGUGUACUGACUGUGUGUGAUCUUUGCGGUGGGUAUUUAAGUCCGAUUUUAAAAAAAUGCAUGUAGUCCCAUGUGUGAAUGCAUUUUUGCAGUGUCACAUGCACAUAUACACAUAUGCUGUCAAAUUCAGCCACAUACACACAGUCACAGGCAAGUGGUCACUUGCACAUACAAUCACACACACAGUUACAGCCAUAUAUAGUCACACACACAGUAGUCCCAGGCAGACUGUCACACACACAGUCCCAGGCAGACUGUCACACCCACAGUCCCAGGCAGACUGUCACACACUCGGUAACAGACAGAGAGUCACAUACAGACAGUCACACACACAUACACAGUUGCUGGCAGACAGUCAUACACACACACACAUAGUUACAGGCAGACAAUCACAUGCACACCGUUAUAGGCAAACUAACACACACACAGUCACAGGCAGACAGUCACACAUGCACACUUACAGACAGUUACCUUUUUUCUAUUAUAGUCACUGGCUGUGGUAGGAGUAAAGGCAUUGCAGUCUCUGUAGUCUAUUAGUUGGGGAAGCAGAGCCUCCUUCCUGCUUUCCCUCAGUUUGCAGCAGUAACAGGGAAGCGGGCUCAUGCUGCAUUUACCCUCUACCCCUUCCGCCCAUUUAGCCCUGCCUCCACCCCUGCUACCUUAUUUUUGGCUCUGCCUCCUUACUAGCGUCCCCUACGUGUGUGAGCUGUUGGCCGCCCAGCACCCUUGCUGCCAUGGCGCCUUGUGCGGUCGCACCGCUCACACACCCCUAAGGCCGGCCCUACUGACUCGUCUUCUUUUUAUAUGUUCAGGUGACCAGAUUGUUGGAGCCACUGUCUACUUUGACAAUAUGUCAUCAGAAGACAUUCAGAGGUUGUUGGCCAAUGUAGGCCAUCAUACUGUGGGCCUCAAACUCCAGAGAAAAGGGGACCGAUCUCCUCAGCCUGGAAUGUCCUGGUCCCACGAUGUCUUCAGUCUGAAAAGUCCGGAUGUUGUUCUGGUGAGUGGUUUUCAUUAGUUUAGAUUAUUGCACCAUACUAGUCUUGCUGCGUGGAUUAAAAAAAACAAAAAAACACAGUGUGCCAUUUCUUAAUAUUAAUUAUUCUUUCAUUAUUUGCUGCAUGGUAAUAUCAUAAAGAGAGCACAUGUAGUCAUUUGUAAAAAAAAAUGUUUAUCUAUCUAUCUAGUGAUAUAUUUAAAAAUUAAUGUAUAAAUAUCUCCAGCAAAGGAAUGGUAAGAUUGGUUGUCAUUGCCUGGGGUGUGCUGUGCUAGUGUUCGGACAAGAAGACAAGAAGCUGGAAAUUGCCAAGGACUGAAUAGAAGUUUGAAAAAUGUGCAGAAGGUUAGCUGGGUGGGGAUAAGGAAGGAGUUGUUGGUUUGGGAAAUUAUUUUAGGGAUAUCAUGAUGAGAAAUUUAGCUAGGUAAAAACAUAUAUUCCUUUUGCUAAGCCCUUUUUUGGGUUGUUCUUCCAUCACAGUGAUUUAGAAUCUGAUAACACCCUUUUCUGCUAUGCAUUAAAAUGAACAGAUGUCUAAGUAGAACAUGCUCUAUGCAAACUGUAGUAUGAAACAAGGAAAAAUUACCAAAAAUAAGUUUUGUUAAAAGAAGGGUAACCAUGACACGGAGUAAUUAUAAAAUACAAGCACAUCCAGGUUUACAGGCACGAGUUGUGGUAAAGCUAACUAUUCUCUCUUUUUUUUUUUUUCAGAGUGGUGAUGAUGAGGAAUACAGACGAAUUUACACAAAAAAGAUAAAGCCACGCCUGAAGUCCGAUGAAAGUCUGGAACCAGAAACACAGACUAGGACAAUCACAGUUACCAGGAAAGUGACUGCUUACACAGUAGAUGUAACUGGAUCUAAAGAUUCUAAGGAAGUUGACAUCAGCAGUCCAGAGUAUAAGAUUAAGAUUCCCAGACAUGACAUAACAGAGUUCUCAAAAUCCAGUGUGGAUACUGGUGAGGGCAAAACGGUGAUUAAAAUCCCAGGUAUUGAUGUAUCUGGCAAAACCUUUCAAGUGGGAAAAGAACAGCAUUUUGUAACAACCAGGACUGAACUCUCCCUCCCAGGAGACACUGUUAGUGUUCAAAGCAAAAAUGUCCGUUAUUAUGAACAAAGCGGAGGAGCGUCUGAUAUUCCCAGCAUCCAUACUGAUUCUUCUGUUCGGGUGACAAGUAGGUCUUCAGGAGUCACUGACUUUCCAGAUGUAAGUAUUUCUGGACCAAAGUUUCAGAGUUAUGAGCGGAAAAUAGAUUUCAAUACAUCCAGGUUUGAAAUGGAGAAAGAUUUCAAUCAGAGAAGUCCUAAUCUUGCCGGAGCCUCCUCUAUAGAUAUAGAUCCGAAAGGUCUGACUGUGAAAGGAGAAGAUAUUGACAGUACCAUGAAGUCUACAUUGGAUAAUAAUGCUCCCAGCUUAAGUCCUGGUUUUGAGGCUUCCAAAACUGGAUUCCAGUCAGGUGUAACCAUUAAAGGGCCUCAAUUUGAUGUAAAGAAACCACAAGGAUUUAAAGUGGACAGCGCUGAUUGCCAACAAACUCAGUUUGGGAUUGCUUUGCCAACGGUUUCUGGGGAUAUGACCACAAAUAAUGAAGUGACUUUGACUCAUGGAGGGUUCGAGCUCUCUGCACAACAGGCAGAAAUAAGGGGUGCCUCAUAUGAAGGGGAAAUUAAAGCUGCAAAAAAUGAUUGGACUGUGCCUACUGUGGAUGUGAAAGGUCUUGAAAGAGACAGUAUAGUUUCUGGUGGGAAAAUACAACUUCCUCCGUUUAGGAUGCCGACAUUUGGAAAGAAAGAUGCUGUAGAAAGUGGUGUAAAUCGUCAGGCAUCUCUUGAUUCCCCUGCCAGUGCAAUCUCUCCUGAUAUUCAUCUAGGAAGUUCACAAUUAGAUGGUAAGAUUCAUGGUCCUGGUGUUAAUUUUAAAGCUUCUACUUUUGGCAUUUCCAGUCAUAAGUGGGAGACAUCUGAUGUUGAUGGAAAUGCAAACAUUGGUAUUGAUGUAUCUGGUCCUAAAAUGGACAUUAAGGAAUUAGAAGGAAAUUUAAAAGGUCCCACUUUUGAAACCUCAAAAAUCAAUGUGGACCUGCCCAAAGUGUCAGUGCCAAAUGUAGAUAUCCAGCUGCAAGGUGAUAAAGUAGAAUUCAAAGAGUCACACGUGGCUCCUAAGUCAGAUUUUGAGGUUGAAUGUCAAGCGGGAACAAUAAAAGGUCCCACAUUUAAAAUGCCAUCAAUGAAUGCUGAUUUACCAAAUGUUUCCAUAAACGAUGUUGAUCUAAAAGGCCCUGAAGGAAAGGUGAUAUUGUCAAAAUUUAAAAUGUCCAAGUUUGCACUGUCUUGUCCUGAGAUGGAAGGUUCACUUAUUACUGAUAGCAUUUCAAAAGGAGAUGUUAAUGUGUCUGAUACAAGAAUAGGUAUACCAUCAGUAAAUGUGCCUCAGAUGUCUAUGUCUGAUUUUGAUGUGAACCUAAGAGGUCCUAGUUUGAAAGGGGAUGUUGAUGUUUCUGGUCCUAAAGUGUCAGGUUAUAUCAGAGAUCCCAUACUUGAUAUAAAGGGUCCUGAGUUUAACACCGGAAUCCCAGAUGUUGAUCUCAAAGGACCCACCAAACAAAUACAAUUACCGAAGUUUAAAAUGCCAAAGUUUGGUAUAUCAGAACCAAAAGUAGACGCUCCAGAAAUGGAGGUUACAAUUCCAAAAGGUGAAAUUGAAAUUACUGGUCCCAGGAUUGCUGUUGAUUCUACUGAUAUUAAUCUUAAAGGCCCAAAAUGGAAGGGAGAAGCAGGAAUUUCAGAUCCCAAGCUGAAAGGGGAUUUGGAAGGUCCCAAAGCUGGCAUCAAAGGUGCUGUUGUUGAUGUUAACAUUCCACAUGUCAGUAUUGAUGGGGAAUUGAAAAGCUCUAAAUUCAAGAUGCCAUCAAAGGAUCUGCCUAAAGUGUCCAUGCCCAGUAUUGAUUUAAAUGUAAAAGGCCCUAAACUGGAAAGGGAUUUAGAAGGUCCUACAGUUAACAUUAAGGAUCCACCCAUAGAUUUUGAAGCACCAGAUGUUGGUUUGAAAGAUCCAGAAGGAAAAUUUAAACUGCCCAAAUUCAAAGUACCUACAUUUGGGAUAAGGAGUACAAAUGUUAAAGGUGAUGUGGAUGUUAAACUUCCAAAAGGUAAAAUAGAUAUAUCUGGUCCAGAGGUAGAUAUGGAGUCUUCUGAAUUAGAUCUUGAGGGGAAAGUUAAAGGCUCUAGAUUUAAGAUGCCAUCUAUGCAUCCCCCUAAAGUGUCUAGGUCUGAUUUAGAUCUAAAUCUAAAAGGAUCUAAGAUAGAGGGGGAGUUGACAGGUCCUAAAGUUGACAUCCAGAAGCCAGAUGUCAAACUUGGCUCACCCAGUGUAGAUAUUGAUGUUAAUCUAAAAGGUCCAAAACUGGAAAGGGAUUUCAAAGGUCCAAAUCUUGACCUCAGGGCUCCAGAAGUAGAUUUGGAAGUGCCAGAUGUUAAUCUUAAAGGUCCAGAAGGAAAAUUUAAAAUGCCUAAAUUUGGGGUGUCUGGGACACAUGUAGAAGGUGAAGUAGAUGUUAAACUACCAAAAGGGAGCCUAGAUAUAUCUAGUUCCAAGGUAGAUGUUGAAGCUCCAAAUGUGGAUAUAGAAGGUUCCAAAGGGAAGGUAAAAGGUCAUAAAUUUAAUGUGCCAUCUAUGAAUGUCAGUUUACCUAAAGCUACCAUGCCUGAUUUUGAUUUAAAUUUCAGAGGGCCAAAAAUUAAAGGAGAGACUCAUCUUUCAGGCCCUAAACUUGAAAGUGAAUUAAAAGGAUCACAGAUUGAUGUUGAUGUGCCAGACAUUACCCUUGAUGGAAAAGUGAAAGGUUACAAAUCUCAGAUACCUUCUAUAAAUGUCAAUUUACCAGAAGUAUCGAUGCCAGAUGUAGAUCUAAACCUCAAGGGUGCUGACUGGAAAAAGAAUGUUGAUGUAUCUGUCCCAAAAGUAGAUCUACAAGGCCCCAAGCUUGAUCUAAAAAGUACAGAUAUCAAUUUAAAAAUGCCUGAGAUGAAUCUGGAAGGUACUGAAGGAAAAAUAACAAUUCCCAAAUUUAAAAUGCCUAAAUUUGGUGUCUCUGGGACGCAAAUUGAGGCUCCAGACAUGGAUGUUAAAAUACAAAGAGGUGACCUUAAUAUAUCUGGUCCUAAGGUAGACAUGGAAUCUCCUGAGAUUGAUAUUGAGGGGAAAACAAAGGAUUCAAAAUUUAAGAUGCCUUCAAUGCAUCCACCAAAAAUGUCAAUGCCCAAUGUUGAUCUAAAUUUUAAGGGUCCCACGUGGAAGAGAGAACUAGAUAUUUCUGGUCCUAAAGUAGAAGGAAGUUUAAAAAGUCCAGAUAUAAAGGUUAAAACAACAGACGUAGAUAUUGAAGGCACAGAUGGGAAAAUCAAAGGACCCAAAUUCAACAUACCAUCUAUGAAUUUUAAUUUGCCAAAAAUGUCAAAGCCAGAUGUUGAUUUAAACCUGAAAGGACCAAAAUGGAAAGGUGAAGCUGACAUAUCUGGACCGAAGGUUGAUAUUAAGGGGCCAGAGGUUGAUCUUGAUGCUCCAGAUAUAGAUGGAAAAGUGAAGGGUCCCACAUUAAAGAUGCCAUCAAUGCAUUUUACUAAAGUAUCCAUGCCUGAUAUGGAUUUGAAUUUAAAAGGCCCUAAAGUAGAAGGAGAUUUUAAAGGUCCUAAAGUUGACAUUAAGGGGCCAGAAGUUGAUAUUGAUGCACCAGAUGUAGAUAUUGAAGGCAAAGGGAAAUUUAGAAUGCCCAAGUUCAGGUUACCCAAGUUUGGUAUGUCUAGUACAAAGGUUGAGGGAUCAGACAUUGAUAUAAAUGUGCCAAAAUGUGAGCUUGAUGUCUCUGGUCCAAAAGUAGAUGUUGAGUUACCAGAUAUUGACAUUGAGGGCCCAGAAGGGAAAGUGAAAGGUCCCAAAUUUAAGAUGCCAUCAAUGCCAUCAAUGCAUGUUCCUAAAGUGUCCAUGCCUGAUAUGGAUUGGAAUCUAAAAGGCCCUAAAGUAGAAGGGGAUUUGAAAGGUCCUAAAGUUGACAUUAAGGGGCCAGAGGUUGAUCUUGAUGUGCCAGAUGUAGAUAUUGAUGGAAAAGUGAAGGGUCCCAAAUUCAAGAUGCCUAAAGUGUCCAUGCCUGAUAUUGAUUUGAAUCUGAAAGGCCAUAAAGUAGAAGGUGAUUUGAAAGGUCCUAAAGUUGACAUUAAGGGGCCGGAGGUUGAUCUUGAUGCUCCAGAUGUAGAUAUUGAUGGAAAAGUGAAAGGUCCCAAAUUCAAGAUGCCAUCAAUGCCAUCAAUGCAUGUUCCUAAAGUGUCCAUGCCUGAUAUUGAUUGGAAUCUAAAAGGCCCUAAAGUAGAAGGGGAUUUGAAAGGUCCUAAAGUUGACAUUAAGGGGCCAGAGAUGGAUCUGGAUGUGCCACAUGUAGAUAUUGAUGGAAAAGUGAAGGGUCCCAAAUUCAAGAUGCCUAAAGUGUCCAUGCCUGAUAUUGAUUUGAGUCUGAAAGGCCCUAAAGUAGAAGGUGAUUUGAAAAGUCCUAAAGUUGACAUUAAGGGGCCGCAGGUUGAUCUUGAUGCUCCAGAUGUAGAUAUUGAUGCAAAAGUGAAAGGUCCUAAAUUCAAGAUGCCAUCGAUGCCAUCAAUGCAUCUUCCUAAAGUGUCCAUGCCAGAUAUGGAUUGGAAUCUAAAAGGCUCUAAAGUAGAAGGGGAUUUGAAAGGUCCUAAAGUUGACAUUAAGGGGCCAGAGGUUGAUCUUGAUGUGCCAGAUGUAGAUAUUGAUGGAAAAGUGAAGGGUCCAAAAUUCAAGAUGCCUAAAGUGUCCAUGCCUGAUAUUGAUUUCAAUCUGAAAGGCCCUAAAGUAGAAGGUGAUUUGAAAGGUCCUAAAGUUGACAUUAAGGGGCCAGAGGUUGAUCUUGAUGUGCCAGAUGUAGAUAUUGAUGGAAAAGUGAAGGGUCCAAAAUUCAAGAUGCCUAAAGUGUCCAUGCCUGAUAUUGAUUUCAAUCUGAAAGGCCCUAAAGUAGAAGGUGAUUUGAAAGGUCCUAAAGUUGACAUUAAGGGGCCAGAGGUUGAUCUUGAUGUGCCAGAUGUAGAUAUUGAUGGAAAAGUGAAAGGUCCAAAAUUCAAGAUGCCUAAAGUGUCCAUGCCUGAUAUUGAUUUCAAUCUGAAAGGCCCUAAAGUAGAAGGGGAUUUGAAAGGUCCUAAAGUUGACAUUAAGGGGCCAGAGGUUGAUCUUGAUGUGCCAGAUGUAGAUAUUGAUGGAAAAGUGAAGGGUCCCAAAUUCAAGAUGCCAAAAGUGUCCAUGCCUGAUAUUGAUUUGAGUCUGAAAAGCCCUAAAGUAGAAGGUGAUUUGAAAGGUCCUAAAGUUGACAUUAAGGGGCCGGAGGUUGAUCUUGAUGCACCAGAUGUAGAUAUUGAUGGAAAAGUGAAGGGUCCCAAAUUCAAGAUGCCAUCAAUGCCAUCAAUGCAUCUUCCUAAAGUGUCCAUGCCUGAUAUGGAUUGGAAUCUAAAAGGCCCUAAAGUAGAAGGGGAUUUGAAAGGUCCUAAAGUUGACAUUAAGGGGCCAGAGGUUGAUCUUGAUGUGCCAGAUGUAGAUAUUGAUGGAAAAGUGAAGGGUCCCAAAUUCAAGAUGCCUAAAGUGUCCAUGCCUGAUAUUGAUUUGAGUCUGAAAGGCCCUAAAGUAGAAGGUGAUUUGAAAGGUCCUAAAGUUGACAUUAAGGGGCCAGAGGUUGAUCUUGAUGCUCCAGAAGUAGAUAUUGAAGGCAAAGGGAAAUUUAGAAUGCCCAAGUUCAGGUUACCCAAGUUUGGUAUGUCUAGUACAAAGGUUGAAGAAUCAGACAUUGAUAUAAAUGUGCCAAAAUGUGAGCUUGAUGUCUCUGGUCCAAAAGUAGAUGUUGAGUUACCAGAUAUUGAUUUUGAGGGCCCAGAAGGGAAAGUGAAAGGUCCCAAAUUCAAGAUGCCAUCAAUGCCAUCAGUGCAUCUUCCUAAAGUGUCCAUGCCUGAUAUGGAUUGGAAUCUAAAAGGCCCUAAAGUAGAAGGGGAUUUGAAAGGUCCAAAAGUUGACAUUAAGGGGCCAGAGGUUGAUCUUGAUGUGCCAGAUGUAGAUAUAGAUGGAAAAGUGAAGGGUCCCAAAUUCAAGAUGCCAAAAGUGUCCAUGCCUGAUAUUGAUUUGAGUCUGAAAGGCCCUAAAGUAGAAGGUGAUUUGAAAGGUCCUAAAGUUGACAUUAAGGGGCCGGAGGUUGAUCUUGAUGCUCCAGAUGUAGAUAUUGAUGGAAAAGUGAAAGGUCCUAAAUUCAAGAUGCCAUCAAUGCCAUCAAUGCAUCUUCCUAAAGUGUCCAUGCCUGAUAUGGAUUGGAAUCUAAAAGGCCCUAAAGUAGAAGGGGAUUUGAAAGGUCCUAAAGUUGACAUUAGGGGGCCAGAGGUUGAUCUUGAUGUGCCAGAUGUAGAUAUUGAUGGACAAGUGAAGGGUCCCAAAUUCAAGAUGCCUAAAGUGUCCAUGCCUGAUAUUGAUUUGAGUCUGAAAAGCCCUAAAGUAGAAGGUGAUUUGAAAGGUCCUAAAGUUGACAUUAAGGGGCCAGAAGUUGAUCUUGAUGCGCCAGAUGUAGAUAUUGAAGGCAAAGGGAAAUUUAGAAUGCCCAAGUUCAGGUUACCCAAGUUUGGUAUGUCUAGUACAAAGGUUGAGGGAUCAGACAUUGACAUAAAUGUGCCAAAAUGUGAGCUUGAUGUCUCUGGUCCAAAAGUAGAUGUUGAGUUACCAGAUAUUGACAUUGAGGGCCCAGAAGGGAAAGUGAAAGGUCCCAAAUUCAAGAUGCCGUCAAUGCCAUCAAUGCAUGUUCCUAAAGUGUCCAUGCCUGAUAUUGAUUGGAAUCUAAAAGGCCCUAAAGUAGAAGGGGAUUUGAAAGGUCCUAAAGUUGACAUUAAGGGGCCAGAGGUUGAUCUUGAUGUGCCAGAUGUAGAUAUUGAUGGAAAAGUGAAGGGUCCAAAAUUCAAGAUGCCUAAAGUGUCCAUGCCUGAUAUUGAUUUCAAUCUGAAAGGCCCUAAAGUAGAAGGUGAUUUGAAAGGUCCUAAAGUUGACAUUAAGGGGCUGGAGGUUGAUCUUGAUGCUCCAGAUGUAGAUAUUGAUGGAAAAGUGAAAGGUCCUAAAUUCAAGAUGCCUAAAGUGUCCAUGCCUGAUAUUGAUUUCAAUCUGAAAGGCCCUAAAGUAGAAGGUGAUUUGAAAGGUCCUAAAGUUGACAUUAAGGGGCUGGAGGUUGAUCUUGAUGCUCCAGAUGUAGAUAUUGAUGGAAAAGUGAAAGGUCCUAAAUUCAAGAUGCCAUCGAUGCCAUCAAUGCAUCUUCCUAAAGUGUCUAUGCCUGAUAUGGAUUGGAAUCUAAAAGGCCCUAAAGUAGAAGGGGAUUUGAAAGGUCCUAAAGUUGACAUUAGGGGGCCAGAGGUUGAUUUUGAUGUGCCAGAUGUAGAUAUUGAUGGAAAAGUGAAGGGUCCCAAAUUCAAGAUGCCUAAAGUGUCCAUGCCUGAUAUUGAUUUGAGUCUGAAAGGCCCUAAAGUAGAAGGUGAUUUGAAAGGUCCUAAAGUUGACAUUAAGGGGCCGGAGGUUGAACUUGAUGCUCCAGAUGUAGAUAUUGAUGGAAAAGUGAAAGGUCCUAAAUUCAAGAUGCCAUCGAUGCCAUCAAUGCAUCUUCCUAAAGUGUCCAUGCCUGAUAUGGAUUGGAAUCUUAAAGGCCCUAAAGUAGAAGGGGAUUUGAAAGGUCCUAAAGUUGACAUUAAGGGGCCAGAGGUUGAUCUUGAUGUGCCAGAUGUAGAUAUUGAUGGAAAAGUGAAGGGUCCCAAAUUCAAGAUGCCUAAAGUGUCCAUGCCUGAUGUUGAUUUGAGUCUGAAAGGCCCUAAAGUAGAAGGUGAUUUGAAAGGUCCUAAAGUUGACAUUAAGGGGCCAGAAAUUGAUCUUGAUGCUCCAGAAGUAGAUAUUGAAGGCAAAGGGAAAUUUAGAAUGCCCAAGUUCAGGUUACCCAAGUUUGGUAUGUCUAGUACAAAGGUUGAGGGAUCAGACAUUGAUAUAAAUGUGCCAAAAUGUGAGCUUGAUGUCUCUGGUCCAAAAGUAGAUGUUGAGUUACCAGAUAUUGACAUUGAGGGCCCAGAAGGGAAAGUGAAAGGUCCCAAAUUCAAUAUGCCUAAAGUGUCCAUGCCUGAUAUUGAUUGGAAUCUGAAAGGCCCUAAAGUAGAAGGGGAUUUGAAAGGCCCAAAACUUGACAUUAAGGGACCAGAGGUUGAUCUUAAUGCUCCAGAUGUAGAUAUUGAUGGGAAAGUGAAGGGUCCUAAAUUCAAGAUGCCAUCAAUGCCAUCAAUGCAUAUGCCUAAAGUGUCCAUGCCUGACAUUGAUUUGAAUCUGAAAGGCCCUAAACUAGAAGGUGAUUUGAAAGGCCCGAAAGUUGACAUGAAAGGGCCAGAGGUUGAUCUUAAUGCUCCAGAUGUAGAUAUAGAUGGAAAAGUGAAGGGUCCCAAAUUCAAAAUGCCAUCAAUGCCAUCAAUGCAUCUCUCUAAAGUGUCCAUGCCUGAUAUUGACCUUAACCUGAAGGGUCCUAAAUUGGAAGGGGACUUAAAAGGUCCCAAUGUUGACAUCAAGGGGCCAGAGGUUGAUCUAGAUGCGCCAGUUGUAGACAUUGGGGAAGGCAAGGGGAGAUUUAAAAUGCCCAGGUUCAAUUUAUCCAAGUUUCGCAUGUCUGGUCCAAAAGCUGAGGGACCAGACAUUGAUAUAAACUUGCCAAAAGGCGAGCUUAAUGUUUCUGGUCCAAAAGUAGAUGUUGAGGUGCCAGAUGUUGAUAUUGAAUGUCCAGAAGGGAAAGUGAAAGGUACCAAAUUUAAGAUGCCAUCAAUGCAUCUGCAUAAAAUGUCCAUGCCUGAUGUUGAUUUGAAUCUGAAAGGUCCAAAACUGGAAGGAGAUUUGAAAAGUCCUAAAGUUGACAUCAAGGGGCCAGAUGUUGAUCUUGAAGCUCCAGAUAUAGAUAUUGAAGGCAAGGGGAAAUUUAGAAUGCCCAAGUUCAGGUUACCCAAAUUUGGUAUGUCUAGUACAAAGGUUGAGGGAUCAGACAUUGAUGUGAACUUACCAAAAGGCGAGCUUAAUGUUUCUGGUCCAAAAGUAGAUCUUGAGGUGCCAGAUAUUGACAUUGAAUGUCCAGAAGGGAAAGUGAAAGGUAACAAAUUCAAGAUGCCAUCAAUGCAUAUGCCUACAGUGUCCAUGCCUGAUAUUGAUUGGAAUCUGAAAGGCCCUAAAGUAGAAGGGGAUUUGAAAGGUCCUAAAGUUGACAUUAAGGGGCCAGAGGUUGAUCUUGAUGUGCCAGAUGUAGAUAUUGAUGGAAAAGUGAAGGGUCCCAAAUUCAAGAUGCCUAAAGUGUCCAUGCCUGAUAUGGAUUGGAAUCUGAAAGGCCCUAAAGUAGAAGGGGAUUUGAAAGGUCCUAAAGUUGACAUUAAGGGGCCAGAGGUUGAUCUUGAUGCCCCAGAUGUAGAUCUAGAUGGAAAAGUGAAGGGUCCCAAAUUCAAGAUGCCAUCGAUGCCAUCCAGUACAUAUGCCUAAAGAAGUGUCCAUGCCUGAUAUAGUUGGAAUCACAGAAAGGCUAAAAGUGAAGAUUUGAAGGUCCCUAAAGAGAUUGACAUUAAGGGGCCAGAGGUUGAACUUGAUACUCAGAUGUAGAUCUAGAAUGGAAAAGUAGAAGGGUCCCAAAUUUCCGAGAUACUGCACUCCAUUUUCCAUCAAUUGCAUAUACCUAAAAAAGUGUCCAUACCUGAUAUGAAUUGGAAUCUGAAAAGAGCCCUAAAGUAGAAGUUUGAAAGGUCUAAAGUUGACAUUAAGAGACGAGGUUGAUCUUGAUAUACUCCAGAUGUAGAUCUAGAUGGAAAAGAAGUGAAGGGUCCCAAAUUCAAGAUACCAUCGAUACCAUCAAUACAAAUACCUAAAGUGUCCAUGCCUGAUGGUGUUAGGAGUCUGAAAGGCCUAAAGUAGAAGGGGAUUUGAAAGGUCCUAAAGUUGACAUUAAGGGGCCAGAGGUUGAUCUUGAUGCUCCAGAUGUAGAUCUAGAUGGAAAAGUGAAGGGUCCCAAAUUCAAGAUGCCAUCGAUGCCAUCAAUGCAAAUGCCUAAAGUGUCCAUGCCUGAUAUUGAUUGGAAUCUGAAAGGCCCUAAAGUAGAAGGGGAUUUGAAAGGUCCUAAAGUUGACAUUAAGGGGCCAGAGGUUGAUCUUGAUGCUCCAGAUGUAGAUCUAGAUGGAAAAGUGAAGGGUCCCAAAUUCAAGAUGCCAUCGAUGCCAUCAAUGCAUAUGCCUAAAGUGUCCAUGCCUGAUAUGGAUUGGAAUCUGAAAGGCCCUAAAGUAGAAGGGGAUUUGAAAGGUCCUAAAGUUGACAUUAAGGGGCCAGAAGUUGAUCUUGAUGCCCCAGAUGUAGAUCUAGAUGGAAAAGUGAAGGGUCCCAAAUUCAAGAUGCCAUCGAUGCCAUCAGUGCAUAUGCCUAAAGUGUCCAUGCCUGAUAUGGAUUGGAAUCUGAAAGGCCCUAAAGUAGAAGGGGAUUUGAAAGGUCCUAAAGUUGACAUUAAGGGGCCAGAGGUUGAACUUGAUGCUCCAGAUGUAGAUCUAGAUGGAAAAGUGAAGGGUCCCAAAUUCAAGAUGCCAUCGAUGCCAUCAAUGCAUAUGCCUAAAGUGUCCAUGCCUGAUAUGGAUUGGAAUCUGAAAGGCCCUAAAGUAGAAGGGGAUUUGAUAGGUCCUAAAGUUGACAUUAAGGGGCCAGAGGUUAACCUUGAUGCUCCAGAUAUAGAUAUUGAUGGGAAAGUGAAGGGUCCUAAAUUCAAGAUGCCAUCGAUGCCAUCAGUGCAUAUGCCUAAAGUGUCCAUGCCUGACAUUGAUUGGAAUCUGAAAGGCCCUAAAGUAGAAGGGGAUUUGAAAGGUCCUAAAGUUGACAUUAAGGGGCCAGAGGUUGAUCUUGAUGCUCCAGAUGUAGAUCUAGAUGGAAAAGUGAAGGGUCCCAAAUUCAAGAUGCCAUCGAUGCCAUCAAUGCAAAUGCCUAAAGUGUCCAUGCCUGAUAUGGAUUGGAAUCUGAAAGGCCCUAAAGUAGAAGGGGAUUUGAAAGGUCCUAAAGUUGACAUUAAGGGGCCAGAGGUUGAUCUUGAUGCCCCAGAUGUAGAUCUAGAUGGAAAAGUGAAGGGUCCCAAAUUCAAGAUGCCAUCGAUGCCAUCAAUGCAUAUGCCUAAAGUGUCCAUGCCUGAUAUGGAUUGGAAUCUGAAAGGCCCUAAAGUAGAAGGGGAUUUGAAAGGUCCUAAAGUUGACAUUAAGGGGCCAGAGGUUGAUCUUGAUGCUCCAGAUGUAGAUCUAGAUGGAAAAGUGAAGGGUCCAAAUUCAAGAUGCCAUCGAUGCCAUCAGUGCAUAUGCCUAAAGUGUCCAUGCCUGAUAUGGAUUGGAAUCUGAAAGGCCCUAAAGUAGAAGGGGAUUUGAAAGGUCCUAAAGUUGACAUUAAGGGGCCAGAGGUUGAUCUUGAUGCCCCAGAUGUAGAUCUAGAUGGAAAAGUGAAGGGUCCCAAAUUCAAGAUGCCAUCAAUGCCAUCAAUGCAUAUGCCUAAAGUGUCCAUGCCUGAUAUAGAUUUAAAUCUGAAAGGUCCAAAUUGGAAGGGAGACGCUGAUCUAUCAAUUCCAAAAGUUGAAGGCGAUUUAAAAGGUCCCAAAAUUGAUCUGAAAUGCCCAGAUUUGGAUCUAGAAGUGCCACAAAUUGAUGUUGAAGGUCCAGAAGGAAAACUGAAAAUGCCUAAAUUUAAGUUUCCCAAGUUUGGUUUCUCUGGCCCAAAAUUGGACGGUACAGAUGUAGACAUUAAACUUCCACAAGGAGAUAUUGAUAUCUCAGGACCUACUGUAGACCUGAAAACACCAGAGUUGGACAUAGAGGGCCCUGAAGGUAAAGUGAAAGGCUCCAAAUUCAAAUUACCAUCAGUGAAUGUAAACCAACCUAAAGUAUCUAUGCCAGACAUUGAUAUGAAUUUAAAAAGUCCCAAGCUGAAAGUUGACUUGAGUACACCUGAAGUAAAUUUAGAAGGGGAUUUAAAAACACCUGAAUUUGAUGUGCAAAGCCCUGAUAUUGAGAUUCCAAGUCCUAGUCUUUCAGUUGAUUUGCCAGAAGGAAAAUUAAAAGGCUCCAGAUUUAAGUUACCAUCAUGGGGUUUUUCUAAACCCACCAUUUCCAUGUCAGAUGCUGACAUGCAUCUUAAAGGACCUAAAGUUAAGGGUGACAUUGAUGCAUCACUUUCAAAGGGUGGUAGCCUCAAAAGUCCUGAUUUGGAUAUUAGUGGCCCAAAGGUAGGCCUUGAUGUUCCAGAAGCAAAGGUUAAAAAAUCCAGAUUUAAGAUGCCCAAGUUCAACUUCUCAGGUUCUAAGGCACAGACAUCAACUGCAGAUGUGAAACUUCCUAAAGCAGACAUUGAUGUCAGUGGACCUGAUGUGAAUAUUCCUUCCCUAGAAGCAAAAGGGAAAAGUCCUAAAUUCAAAAUGCCCUCAUUAAGCAUAACAAGUCCAAAGGUUUCUGUGCCUGAUGUUGAAUUAAAUGUAAAAGGACCAAAGUUAAAAGGUGACAUGGAUGUUACAGUUCCAAAUAUUGAAGGAGAAUUAAAAGGGCCAAAGGUUGAUAUCAUUGCACCAAGUGUACAUAUAGAGACUCCCGAUACUGAUUUAGAAGGCCCUGAUGUGAAAGGGAAAAUAAAGAUGCCAAAAUUCAGCCUACCAAAAUUUGGAAUUUCUGCUUCCAAAUUUGAAACUCCAGAUAUUGAUGUAAAAUUGCCACAAGUAGAAAUUGAUGCAUCUGGUCCUAAACUAGAUGCUGAGGUACCAGAUAUAGAUAUUGAAUGUCCAGAAGGGAAAGUGAAAGGUCCAACAUUCAAGAUGCCACAAAUUAAUCUGCCUAAAAUGUCCAUGCCUGACAUUGAUUUGAAUCUGAAAGGCCCUAAACUAGAAGGUGAUUUGAAAGGUCCUAAAGUUGACAUUAAGGGGCCAGAGGUUGAUCUUGAUGCUCCAGAUGUCGAUAUUAAUGGAAAAGUGAAGGGUCCCAAAUUCAAGAUGCCAUCAAUGCCUAAAGUGUCCAUGCCUGAUAUGGAUUGGAAUUUGAAAGGCCCUAAAGUAGAAGGGGAUUUGAAAGGUCCUAAAGUUGACAUUAAGGGGCCAGAGGUUGAUCUUGAUGCUCCAGAUGUAGAUCUAGAUGGAAAAGUGAAGGGUCCCAAAUUCAAGAUGCCAUCGAUGCCAUCAAUGCAUAUGCCUAAAGUGUCCAUGCCUGAUAUGGAUUGGAAUCUGAAAGGCCCUAAAGUAGAAGGGGAUUUGAUAGGUCCUAAAGUUGACAUUAAGGGGCCAGAGGUUAACCUUGAUGCUCCAGAUAUAGAUAUUGAUGGGAAAGUGAAGGGUCCUAAAUUCAAGAUGCCAUCGAUGCCAUCAGUGCAUAUGCCUAAAGUGUCCAUGCCUGACAUUGAUUUGAAUCUGAAAGGCCCUAAACUAGAAGGUGAUUUGAAAGGUCCUAAAGUUGACAUUAAGGGUCCAGAGGUUGAUCUUGAUGCUCCAGAUGUAGAUCUAGAUGGAAAAGUGAAGGGUCCCAAAUUCAAGAUGCCAUCGAUGCCAUCAAUGCAUAUGCCUAAAGUGUCCAUGCCUGAUAUGGAUUGGAAUCUGAAAGGCCCUAAAGUAGAAGGGGAUUUGAAAGGUCCUAAAGUUGACAUUAAGGGGCCAGAGGUUAACCUUGAUGCUCCAGAUGUAGAUAUUGAUGGGAAAGUGAAGGGUCCUAAAUUCAAGAUGCCAUCGAUGCCAUCAAUGCAAAUGCCUAAAGUGUCCAUGCCUGACAUUGAUUUGAAUCUGAAAGGCCCUAAACUAGAAGGUGAUUUGAAAGGUCCUAAAGUUGACAUUAAGGGGCCAGAGGUUGAUCUUGAUGCUCCAGAUGUAGAUCUAGAUGGAAAAGUGAAGGGUCCCAAAUUCAAGAUGCCAUCGAUGCCAUCAAUGCAAAUGCCUAAAGUGUCCAUGCCUGAUAUGGAUUGGAAUCUGAAAGGCCCUAAAGUAGAAGGGGAUUUGAAAGGUCCUAAAGUUGACAUUAAGGGGCCAGAGGUUAACCUUGAUGCUCCAGAUGUAGAUAUUGAUGGGAAAGUCAAGGGUCCUAAAUUCAAGAUGCCAUCAAUGCCAUCAAUGCAUAUGCCUAAAGUGUCCAUGCCUGACAUCGAUUUGAAUCUGAAAGGCCCUAAACUAGAAGGUGAUUUGAAAGGUCCUAAAGUUGACAUUAAGGGGCCAGAGGUUGAUCUUGAUGCUCCAGAUGUAGAUCUAGAUGGAAAAGUGAAGGGUCCCAAAUUCAAGAUGCCAUCGAUGCCAUCAAUGCAUAUGCCUAAAGUGUCCAUGCCUGACAUUGACCUUAACCUAAAGGGUCCUAAAUUGGAAGGGGACAUAAAAUGUCCCAAAGUUGACAUCAAGGGGCCAGAAGUUGAUCUUGAAGCUCCAGAUGUAGAUAUUGAAGGGAAGGGGAAAUUUAAAAUGCCCAAAUUCAAUUUACCUAAAUUUGGUACGUCAGGCACAAAGCUUGAGGGACCAGACAUUGAUGUAAACUUGCCAAAAGUUGAUCUUGAUAUAUCUGCUCCAAAAGUAGAUGUUGAAGUACCAGAUAUAGACAUUGGAUGUCCAGAAGGGAAAGUGAAAGGUCCCACAUUUAAGAUGCCCUCAAUAAAUGCCAAUUUACCAAAAAUGUCCAUGCCAGAUAUUGACCUAAAAGGUCCUAAAGUGGAAGGAGAUUUGAAAGGCCCCAAAGUUGACAUCAAGGGACCGGAGCUUGAUAUUAAUGCUCCAGGUGUAGCUAUAGAUGGAAAAGUGAAGGGUUCGAAAUUCAAAAUGCCACCAAUGCAUCUGCCUAAAGUAUCCAUGCCUGAUAUUGAUUUAAAUUUGAAAGGCCCUAAGGUGGAAGGAGAUUUGAAAGCUCCUAAAGUUGACAUCAAGGGGCCCAAGGUUGACCUUGGUGCUUCAGAGAUAGAUAUAGAUGGCAAAAUGAGAGGUCCUUCAUUUCAGAUGCCUUCAAUAAAUCUUCCUAAAGUGUCAGUGCCUGAUUUUGAUUUGAACUUGAAAGGUCCCAACUGGAAAGGUGAUGUUUCUAGUCCUAAAAUAGAAGGUGAUCUAUCUGGCCCCAAGGUUGACAUCAAGGGCCCAGGAUUUGAUGUAGAUGGGCCAGAAGUAAAAAUGCCUAAAUUUAAAAUGUCCAAGUUUGGUUUCUCAGAACCAAAAGUGGAAGGUCCAGAGUUAGAUGUCAAACUUUCAAAAGGUGACCUUGAUAUUACUGGUCCUAAGGUAGAUCUAGAAUCCCCAGAAGUGAACAUCGGUGGUCCAGAGGGAAAAGUAAAAGGUUCCAAAUUCAAGAUACCUUCCAAAAACGUGAACCUACCAGGCAUGGACAUUAAUCUUAAGGGACCCAAAGUUGGCGGAGAUGCCCAUCUUUCAGGUCCAAACUUAGGAGAAAUAGACUUGAAAGGUAAUGUAGAUAUUGACAUCAAGAAACCUGAUAUGAAUAUUGAGACUCCAGAUAUUAGCUUGAAAACUCAAGACAUGGAAAUUGAGGGCCAAGACGGUAAUCUGAAAAUCCCCAAAGUGAAAAAAUCCAAGUUUGGCUUUGGCAUGAAAUCCCCUAAAGCAGAGGUAAAAACACAGUCGUUGGAUGUCACUACUCCUGAUGUGGAAUUAGAUGCAGAGGUUCCUGACAUAGACAUUGGAAGUAAGGGGAAGAGAAGUAAAUUUAAAAUGCCUAAAAUACAUAUGAGUGGCCCUAAAAUAAAGGGAAAAAAAGGCGGGUUUGAUGUUAGCACAUCAGAUGUAGACAGUGACCUAAAUCUGAAUGCCCCUGAUUUGGAUGUCAACCUUUCAGGUGGCGGUGCAGAUCUUGGUGCAAAGGCACCAAAAACCCGCAAACCCCUUUUUGGAAAAAUUUAUUUCCCUGAUGUAGAAUUUGAUCUAAAAUCUCCAAAGUUAAAAGGAGAUACAUCCCUUCAAAGUCCUAAAGCGGAUUUAAAGACUCCAGAUCUAGAAAUUGAGGGUGACCUAAAAACACCAGAGGGUGAUCUAUCUUCUCAUGGAGUUGAAAUUGAAGGUCAUGAUAUAAAAGUAAAGAAACCCAAAUUUAAACUACCAACAUUCAGUUUAUCAGGCUCGAAGGUGCCGGAAGCUGAUCUCAACCUCUCUAGCCCAAAAUUUACAGGAGAUGUGAAUGCUCCUAGUAUGGAUGUUACCCACAGUACCACAGAUGUUAAUCUUAAAGCACCCAGUGUUUCAGUAGACAGUUCAAUGUCAGGGAUUUCAGUUCCAAACGCAGAUGUGAACUUGAAAGGGCUGAAAGAAAAUGUAGACUUUGAAGCCCCUAGUGUUGAUAUUUUAGGAUCAAGUGGCAAAGGAAAAAUUCCCAAGUUUGGUGUUCCUACAUUUGGGAUCUCUGGCUCCUCUGUGGGUAGAACUGAUGGUAAACUUGAACUAUCUGGGAAUUUAAAAGCUCCAACUGUUGAAAUACCUACUGUUGAUUUAUCUGUUCCGAAAGUUUCCGGUUCUGACUUUGAUAUGAAUUUAAGGGGACCAAAGAUUAAAAGUGAUAUGGACAUUUCUAGUGGUUUCAAAGGAGAGAAAUAUGAUGUUGGGAUUCCAGGAAUUAGUGUGAGAGGUUUAGAUGCUAAUGUUAAUGUGCCCAAAGUUGAACUGUCUAGUCCAAGUUUGCAUGGUCCUGACAAUUUACUUAGUGGCAGUGUUUCUCUUUCUGGGCCAAAGGUGGAACUACCUGAUGCCAAAAUGGAAAUUCCAAAUGUACGUGUGAAAGGACAGGAUAGUGAUUUUACCAUGAAUGUUCCAAAAGGAGAUGCAAUAGGAAAUGUUGACGGAUUUAAAUUUGGUGUAGAGAAACCUUCUACAGAUUUACAAGGUGUACAAGUGAAAAGCGAUCUCUCUGGCAAUGUAAUGGGUGGAGUGCAAUUUAAAGGGUCGGAAGGUUUAAAGAUAGCAGGACCAAACAUAACAUCAGGCCUUUCUGGAGUAGGAGUAAAUGUCAGUAGCACACAGAGAUACAUUGGAGACCCUGUUGGAAUAGUCACUUUCCCCAGACUUAUGAUGCCUAAAUUUACAAGUUCUGGACCUGAACUCACUGGGAGGGAGGUAGGAGUUGAUGUUGAUUUUCCGAAGGCCAAUGUAAGCUUAGGGAAAUCUAGUCAAGCUGAUUUAGAACUAGGAGAAGGUGACAUUAAAAUCAAAAAGUCAAAGAUAAAAAUGCCAAAGUUCAACUUCUCAAAAGCAAAGGGUAAAAAUGAUUCCAGUCUCACAGAUGUUUCCAUAACUGGGUCAAAGGGUGAUUUGAAAAGCUCAAAGGCUAGUUUGGGAUCGGCGGAAGGUGCUGUAGGGUCUUCUGGGUUAGAGGUAGAAAGUGGAGUUAGUGUGCCCCCUGCAAAGUAUGAAUUUUCAUUGUUUACCAGCAGUAAGUCAAGACAUAGGUCUUCCUCCCUUAGUGAAGAGAUGGAUGGUUCCACUCAGUCAUCACCAAGUGGAACUCUAGAGGCAGAAGGUGGUGUGUCUGUAGAGGGUGGAAAAAAGAAGGGCAAGCAUUCAAAGAUCAAGUUUGGCACUUUUGGUGGUAUAGGAUCUAAGUCAAAGGGUUCUUAUGAGGUCACGUUAAGUGAUGAUGAAAACGUCCAGGGGAGUGGGGCAUCUCUGUCCUCCCGUAAAUCUAGAGUGUCCUCCUCCUCAAGCAAUGACAGUGCCACAAAGGCAGGUUUGCGGUUGCCCAAGGUAGAGCUGACUGUUGCCAAAAAGAAAGAGUAG